AUGUCUGUCCGGGAAAGUGGGAGUAGCGGUUCACCAACCGAGGCUGGAAGUGAUAAUGAUGCAGAUCACCAGGAAGCGACAGGAUGCCCAGACGAAAAGUAUUUCGGAAACGACAAGAGUCAAGAAGGGGAACCAGCAGCACCACGGGUACAUUUCCGAUCAUCAGCCAGCUUUUCCCAAAAUGUGCCUCGUCUUUCACCACACGAAAAGUCUCGUUUUGAAGAUCGACCACAUCCUCCUACAGCACCGUAUUCCCACCAGUCUGCAGACAUCGCCGACGCUCACCUCGGAGAAGGGGGAUUCCAAUCCGCUGCCCAAACAGAUGGUAUAUCUCCGAAUGAUAAAACGCCGAACGAAACAACGCCAAACGAUAAAGCGCCAAACGAUAAAGUGCCAAACGAAGAAGUCCCUAUACAGCCUCAGAAUAUAAAGACAAUCCCAGGGACAUUCAACAUGAACGAAACCAAGAACCGUCUCCGUUCCGCAAAGUUGAGCUUCAAACAGAGGGCUUCUCGCUUUGGUGACCGACUUGGUCGGCCUAAACAUGAAGGUGAUGAUCUCGGGUCGGGUAUGUACCAUGCAGACUGGGCGACCGGUAGCGAACCUCCAAUGUCGGAUGUGACAGACGAUAAGCACAAGACUUAUGAAGAAAAACGCCAGCAUCAGGCGACAAGUAGUUCCGAAGCACAUCGACUCGUCCGUGACCUGACGCAGGACCAUUCCGCCAAGCGGCGAAAGACACGAGGGAGACAUGGUCCAGGAAACGCUACGGAAUUCGUGGGAGCGGAACACGAGUCCAGCAUGGAUUCGGGCUUGCGAUAUAGAUCUGGUGGUGGAGGUGUAUUGUCGCAACUGAUCAAGCUCAAUGGCGGACAGCAGCAGCAGCAACAACAAGGAAGCACAUCCAGGACCCCGAGUCAGUCGUCAUAUGAAUCUGCAUCCACCGACGCCUCUUCCACGAGCCAGGGACCAAGAUCAAAAAAAUCUAAACCGAAAUGGUACAAGAAGCCAUCCAAUACAUCGACAUCGACGCUGGUUGGGGGCAGCCUGAGCGGAGCGAGUACCCCUGUUACAAGUGAAGUGAUGUCAGCUGCUUCAAAACGACGGGGCAAACAGCCUGAGAGUGGACCCCGACUGGAAGAUGAGAUCCGGGUCACUAUUCACAUUGCGGAGAUCAUCUGUCGACAACGGUAUAUUAUGCAGCUCUGUCGGGCAUUGAUGCAAUUUGGGGCUCCAACUCAUAGACUGGAAGAAUACAUGCAAAUGACAUCGAAGGUGCUCGAGAUCGAUAGUCAAUUUCUGUAUUUGCCUGGGUGUAUGAUCAUGUCAUUUGAUGAUCCUUCGACCCGAACGACGGAGGUGAAGCUCGUCCGAGUUGCACAGGGAGUGGAUCUGGCACGGCUUUCGGAUACCCAUCUCAUCUAUAAGAAUGUCAUUCACGAUGUGGUUGGGAUCGAGGAAGCGGUUCAAGACCUGGAUGAGGUGAUGAAGAAGGGACCACGUUAUAAUAAGUUCAUCGUCGUGCUAGUAUACGGUCUGGCGACAGCAACUGUCGGUCCCUUUGCAUUCAACGCACGGCCUAUCGACAUGCCCAUUAUCUUCCUCAACGGCUUACUGGUCGGGGCCAUGCAGCAUCUCGCAGCUCCUCGAUCAGUCUUGUAUUCGAAUGUCUUCGAAGUAACAUCGACGGUGGUGACAUCCUUUCUCGCCCGUGCCUUUGGAAGUAUCCCACUCAGACAUGUCGAUGGCAAGCGAGAAUACCUCUUCUGCUUUUCUGCCAUCGCCCAAGCUUCAAUCGCUUUGAUCUUGCCUGGAUUUCUGGUCUUGUGCAGCAGCUUAGAACUGCAAUCGCACCAGAUCAUCGCGGGCUCAAUUCGAAUGGUGUACGCGAUCAUCUUCUCCUUGUUCAUCGGCUACGGAAUCACCGUUGGCACCACGAUCUAUGGCCUUAUCGACAACGGCGCAGUAUCAGACCUCAAUUGCCCCAAAACCGGAGCUUUUUCUAGCCCUUAUGUCGCCCGAUUUCCCUUUGUAUCAAUCAUGAUCGUGUGGCUUCUCAUUAUCAACCAAGGCAAGUGGAAACAAUUUCCGCCGAUGGCCAUCAUCGCGCUGUUGGGGUACACAGCCAACUACUUUAGCACCAAGAAGCUCGGAUCAAACUCGCAGGUUGCGAAUACCGUCGGAGCAUUUACCAUUGGCAUGUUGGGGAAUCUAUACAGUCGACUUUGGCAUGGUCAUGCCGCGACCGCGAUCUUACCGGGAAUUUUUAUCCUUGUUCCUUCUGGACUGGCCGCGACCGGUUCGUUAAUCACGGGAGUGCAGUCUGCAGACGCGAUUCGCCAAAACAUAUCUUCUCACCAGUCGCCUAAUACUCAACCUGGGGCUGGACUUAGUGGUACAUCGGUGUUUACUUUAGGGUUUGGCAUGAUCCAAGUGGCCAUUGGUAUUACGAUCGGACUGUUUAUCGCCGCGCUCAUCGUCUACCCAUACGGAAAACGGAGAAGUGGGCUCUUCAGCUUUUAA